CAAAAUUCCUCAAUUAACUUACCACCUUCCUUCCAACCAAACGUCGCGUCACUUUCUCCGUCCAUUUCGGUUCAGUGCCAACGCAACAGCAACUCCGGCCGGUGGACUUGCUCUCUCUGGCGAAAAUUAAACGCACAUGGUGCUCCAACGUUCAGUUGAAGGACCUGUAUCUUGCUCCCUGAAUCGUAAAAAUGAAGAUGUAGCAUGGGAAUGGAUCCCUGAGAGCGAAGCGUGGAAGCCUUGUUCACAACCCGAAGACGGUGCUGAAGAUGAUAAUGCAGAUCCCUCAUCCCAUUGCAGUUCCUUUUUGUUUUCCGGAUCAAAUGUCCAGUACAAGCGGAGAAGAAUUCGAAGGAACUCAUUAAUUCUUUUUACUGAAGCUGCGUGUGAGGAUGAGGUUGAGCUCGAUAGUGAUUCUCAGCAGGAAAGGAGUGCUAGUGGUUCUAGUAGUAAGAGGGUUCAAGGUUCAGUAAUAGGUGCUGAAAUAGGCAAGGAUGAUCUUCGGCUUCUUGAUGAAUCUGGUGGCCCUGAACUGCGGUCAAGAGAAUGUGACAAAGAGCAUAUUUCGUGCGGCACUUCUUUGACAAGAACUACCGGUGAUGUGAAGUGCUGGAUUUCUGACCCAGAGGAGUCAGAACAAGAUCUCCAGAUUAAAGAAAUCUGCAUUUCUGUUCUUAAGCAUCAUGGAAUUCCUCUCGGAAAUGGUCCCAAAAGCAAGCCUGCUUUUGAUCCUGCAAGUGAAAACGCAUAUCAGUCAUGCGAGGCAUGUGGCGUGUUGGACAGUAUUGUGAAUAUGAUAAUAUGUGAUGAUUGUGAGGAGGCAUUUCAUUUGUCUUGCAGUGGUACUAACCAAAAGACAUUGGAGGACGCUGACGAAUGGUAUUGUAAAGCUUGCUUGAAAUUGAAAGGCAAAGAUGCAAAGGGACCUCUUCAUGUUAAAUCACGAGGCAUGAAAGGUUGGAGUUUGGGUCCUAACCAGAAAUUAGGUCGAAUAGCACGUAUGUUGAAGUAUCCUGAUUCACAUGUGUCCCUGGUGAGGAUUGGUGACCCCUUUCAGGCAACAGUGCCUGAAUGGCGUGGUAAAAAUACUGAUUUGGUAUUUAGGGGUUCUGACUGCAUUGGCGAACCAAUUGAAAUGGAUCCACUUGAGACUCUGGGAUUACAUGGGUGUGCUAAAGAUAAUAUCUUAAAACCCAGCUCCAUGAGCAACUGGCUGCAAUGUCGAGAGGUCCUUGAUGAUCAACCCAAAGAACGGGGCUACGAAAGAGUAUGUGGGAAGUGGCGCAGGGCACCACUCUCUGCAGUCCAAAGUGAUGAUUGGGAAUGUUCUUGUGCUCUUCCUUGGGAUCCAUUUCAUGCAGAUUGCAAUGUACCACAGGAGUUGGAAUCCGAGAAAGUACUAGUGCAACUGAAAUACAUUGAGCAGUUGAAAUGUCGUCUUGCUGCUAAGAAGAGAAAAUGAACUCAAACUGGACAAAUAAAAAAAUCCAUUUCAAAUUGCUGCAUGGAGUUUCUCAGUUCAAUGGAACGCUAUAUACAGGCUUGCUAAGUUUGGCAUCACGAAUCAAGACCGCUACGAUUCUCAUCUAGUCAUCAGAGUACACGGAAAAUUUGAAUCACUUAACACACAACGUAUACAUGGUUUUGCUUGUUCUUCCUCCAAUGUAAAUUUGCAAAGCGUUCUUUCCAUUCAUUCAAGAUAAUCUCCUGCCUAAAUGA